UCCAGCCAACAUGAAGAAAGUAAUCGCUCUGAUAGUACUGAUCUUUGCUGUUUCAUCCAGCAUGCAGUAUAGCUUUGAGGAAUCGGAAGAACUAAGUGAAGAAAGUGUCAAUCAAGCCCUAAGAGAACAACAACAACAUUUACUUUCGAUAAUAAGAAAUGAUUACAAUAAAGCACUGCAGAUUCAAGUGGAGGUACAAACGACGCAACAACCAGAAGUGGUUCCUUUGUCUAACAUCAGUUACGUUAUCCCAUACUUUACGGCUAAUUGGCACAAAUCCGUCGAGUACUGCAACUACCUCGGACUUCGGCUGGCCGUGAUCGACUCCAAGGAAAAAGAAGCCAGUCUGUACGCGGCCGUUAAUGCCUCGGAUGUCUACUCGAGCGGAGGUACGCUGGUGUGGGUGGGGGCGAGCGAUCUGGCCGACGAGGGCAACUUCCACUGGCAUGGGACCGGCAGGCGGGUUGCCUACUCGAACUGGGCUCGUCGCCAGCCGGACAACACCUUUGACGAGCAUUGCGUCGAAGCUGGAUUGCAUGAGUAUCAAACGUUGAGCAUGAAGUGGCAGUGGAACGAUCGGAACUGUAAGGCUAAUCGUUACUUUGUGUGCGAAGGAUAUUAGAAGGAUUAACUGAACUAAAUAGAAGCAAAAACAUUAUUAUUUCCUUUGUUUAAAGAAAUAAAAGCCUUAAUCUA